CAGGCUAACGAGCGGGGGUGGGCUAGGCAGAGGAUACUCCGGGAAGAUGACUGACACCACGAGCGCAGGUCAUUCCGGGGAGGUGCAGAAGGGGACUGAAAUUAAAGUCCACGCUUUAGGGCCCGGCCCCCGCAGGGUCCCUGCGCUCACCCCAGGGAUGGAUCGGGCCCCUUUAUUACUGGACGGCGCCUGAGAGCCCAAGGCUGUGAUGCCACCCUCGAGACAGCCUCUCGGCUUCUCCCAGGUGCCCCUUUGGCAUUGGCCGAGCCAGCGGGGCCCUCUGCCAACCCCGCUGCGGGCAUGCGGGGCGCAGUGUAGCCCGCGGGACUUGGGCUGCCGCCCCAGCCCAGCAUGUCGGCCCCCUGGAGGCCGGUGGGGCGCAGAGGGGUGGAUUCUCCCUGGCUCCUGGGCGGCGCGGCUCCGCAGCUAACACCACGCGAACGCUCGGGCUGCUGCGCGGGGAAGCACCGCGAGUCUCCUUACAGAACAGCCUCGCCAGCAUCCAGGGGCUGCACGGGACCCGCCCGGCCGGGCCCGCUGCUGCCUCCAGCACGGGGAGACAAGAAGCACCAGCCGCCCCCGGCUUCUGUGGCCAGGAGCGGAGCCGGACGAAGCAGAUUGGGAGCCGGACGCUUUACCUGCCUCGGCCGGCUCUGGAAUUGCUCCUACUAAUAAGACGUCGGGAACAGGCAGAGCCGCUUUCUGUGCCAAGUAACCCUCUUAUCCCCCCCGCCUCCUCCCACCCUCCUCCUGGUCUCCUCGCCGGCGAAGCCAGCUCGCAGCUGCUGCUCCCCGGGAACUCAUCAUGAAGGAGGCGACGAGAAAGAGCCCAGGAAACAACCGCUACUUCUGGCCUUUAGCUCCUUCUUUGUGGCCCGGAACCGUUGGGUUGAGGUGAGGGCGAUGUGGGUCGAGUCCGGGAGCGCAGAGAUCCAUGGUUUUACCCUGCGCCUCCUCCAGCUUUGUUUGAACUGGAGCUGGGAGAGAUUUCCCCCUCCCCCCGAUUAGAUCCCGUGCACAUGUUGUACACCAGCUAACAUCUCAGCUGAAAGCCAUCAGAGAGAGAGACAGAGCUAGAGGAGGAGGUGGUGACUGGGAGGGAGCUGUUCAUCCCCCUUGGUUACCCCCUUGCCAGUCCCUCCUGCACACUUAGAGCUUUGUAUCUUUGCGCAUUUUUUAUGUAAUAAAUUGGUGAGCUCAUGGUGUUUUCCUUUCGUCUCUGCUUGAUCAGUCCCAGGAGAAGAAUGGUAACACGAACAGCAUCAGAGUGUGAAAAUAUUGUCCGGGAGGGAGAGGAACCGAGCGGUGGUGAAUGCACUUUGCGAUACGAUGACAGUGCCUAGAAGGGAGGAGGAUAUGUCUCAGACUAGUUGGUAUUUUGCUGGUUACAAACUCCCCCUGUGAACUGUGAGGAUUGGUGGUGACUCGAGGCUUGUAACAAAAGUUUCUUCUAACCGACUCCCAGUUUGGGGGUGACGCGGAGAGACUGAGGGGAAAGGAAAUUGGCCCUGGGAGCAAGGAAUAGCUCAUCUUCUUCUAUAUAUGCUGCCAUUUGCCAUGAAGAGAAAACAGAAGAGAUUUUUGCAAAUGACGUUGUUGUUCAUGGUGGCUUUAAUUUUCCUGCCUAAUAUUGGUCUGUGGUCUUUGUACAAGGAUAAACACCUGGUGAAAUCCCCAGAGCCAGGAGAGCAGCAGACAUUUCCACUGGGCCUGGGAGAUGGACAGCUCUAUGCCUGGACGGAUGGCUUGAAAAGAAAGGACUGGCAUAACUAUGAAAGUAUUCAGAAAGAUGCUAUGCGUACAGGGAAAGGUGAGCAUGGAAAGCCAUAUCCUCUAAUGGAGGAUGACCGAGAUGAUUCUGCUUAUAGGGAGAAUGGCUUCAACAUACUUGUUAGUAACAACAUAGCCCUGGAACGAUCACUGCCAGACAUUCGACAUCCAAACUGUAAGCACAAGGUAUACUUGGAAAAGUUGCCAAAUACUAGCAUAAUUAUCCCAUUUCAUAACGAAGGAUGGACUUCACUCUUGCGAACCAUAUACAGCAUUAUCAACCGGACUCCAGACAUCCUCAUAGCUGAAAUCAUUCUUGUGGAUGACUUCAGUGACAGAGAUUUCCUUUCCCUCACUUUGCAUAAUUACAUUCGGGGGUUACUGGUUCCAGUGAGGAUUGUGCGCACCAAGAAACGAGAAGGGCUGAUUCGGACCAGAUUGCUAGGAGCCUCGAUGGCUAAAGGAGAAGUCUUGACGUUCCUGGACUCCCAUUGUGAAGUCAACGUGAAUUGGCUGCCUCCAUUGCUUAACCAGAUUGCACUAAACCGCAAAACCAUUGUGUGUCCCAUGAUCGAUGUCAUUGACCACAAUCACUUUGGCUAUGAGGCACAGGCGGGGGAUGCCAUGCGAGGAGCCUUCGACUGGGAAAUGUACUACAAAAGAAUACCGAUUCCUCCAGAGCUCCAGAGGUCUGAUCCCAGUGACCCCUUUGAGUCUCCUGUUAUGGCUGGAGGUCUGUUUGCUGUUGACCGAGAGUGGUUUUGGGAGCUCGGUGGCUAUGAUCCAGGCUUAGAAAUAUGGGGAGGAGAGCAGUAUGAAAUCUCCUUUAAGGUUUGGAUGUGUGGAGGUGGCAUGUUUGAUGUUCCAUGUUCUAGAGUUGGACACAUUUACAGAAAGUAUGUCCCUUAUAAAGUUCCAUCUGGAACCAGCCUGGCACGUAACCUGAAGCGUGUGGCGGAGACAUGGAUGGAUGAGUUUGCAGAGUAUGUUUACCAGCGGCGGCCUGAGUACAGGCAUCUCUCAACAGGAGAUAUCUCAGCCCAGAAGGAGCUACGCAAGCACCUUAAGUGCAAGGACUUCAAGUGGUUCAUGGCUGCAGUGGCAUGGGAUGUCCCUAAAUAUUACCCUCCUGUGGAGCCCCCACCUGCUGCCUGGGGGGAGAUUCGAAAUGUGGCAGCCAAUCUCUGUGUGGACAGUAAACAUGGGGCCACAGGGACGGAGCUGAGGCUAGAUGUUUGUGUGAAGGACGGCUCAGAACGGACGUGGUCGCAUGAACAGCUCUUUACCUUUGGUUGGAGAGAAGACAUCCGCCCCGGGGAACCUCUUCACACCAGAAAAUUCUGCUUCGAUGCCAUUUCGCACAGUAGCCCUGUCACACUGUAUGACUGUCAUGGCAUGAAGGGUAACCAGCAUUGGAGCUAUAGGAAGGACAAAACUUUGUUCCAUCCGGUAAGCAACAGCUGCAUAGAUUGCAACCCAGCUGAGAAGAAGAUUUUCAUGAACAGAUGUGAUCCUUUAUCUGAAACUCAGCAGUGGAUUUUUGAACAUAUUAAUAUGACUGUUUUAGAAAAAUUUAACAGCAAGGCCAGUUCCUAGGGAAAAAUACAGAUUACAUACAGAUUGCAAACUACAUUUUGGCCAGCAUCUGGGUCGAAGGAGUCAGGAAUUAAAUUUCCUAGAUCCAGGAAGUCUUUUCUGAGGAUUAAGCAAAUGCCACAGCAAAGGCCAAUGGGCUGUCAUUGUGGAUGUACAGUAUCUGAAGAACUUGGCUGAGAGCCUCACCAGAUGCUGCUGAGAA